CCCGAUUUAAAGUCAAAUUGAAAAAUCAAAUCCCUAGAAUUUCUUUUCGAUCCCAUUGCUUCUCUCUCGAUCUCUCGUCUCGACUUCUCCACCAUGCCUUUCUUCUCAUCUUCUUCUCUGUACACCUUCAUAUCUCACUGCAUCUCCUCUGGCAACUCAAAUCUUUAAGGUCGUUUUUGAAUGGUGGAGAAUUGAAAGGAUCGCAAAAAAUGGCUGAAUCCGACCGAGCGAAAGAGCUGGCGCUGGAGUUGGAUGAACUGAAACCGCUCCAUAGGAUUGCAACGAGGCCUCGCGUUCUCUCUCUCAUUGCCUCGGAAAUUCGCAACAUUGAAAAACGAUCAAAUGAUGACAAAAUCCAUCCUUAAUCCGACACUUAGUUAUGCUGCUUUUGAUAAGGAAAAUGACAAAAGUGAAGGCUUAUCUCUUACCAGAAGGAGUUGAUCUAAGGAGAAGACGGUGGCAGACUUCAAACUAAUGUGUUAAUGUGAUGUAUGAUGUUGUGUAAGGGAAGAAUUGCCACAUCUCUUCAGGAAAGUUGAAGAAGGAGAUCUACAAGUGUAAGGUAAUUCCUAUCCAUGACGCCUUCGUAUUUUUUUCUGUUAUUUAAUCAUUCAGAUUUUAGUUUUGUUUCUCUCCUUUUGGCAGUAGGUCUGUAGAAUUGUACUCCUUUAAUUCCUUGUAGACCUGAAGUUGUUUAAUUUACUCAUUUUUUACAUUCAUAGUUUUAAUUGGUUAAUGCAUACUUAAUAGUCAUUAACUUUUUUAGUCAAUUAGUUGUUUACUAUUAUUAUUAUUAUUUUCGUUUUUACUGGUUCAUAUAAUUUAAAUGAUGGACCAAUUUCACUUCCAAGUUUAAUGUAUUUAGAGAUGUGAUCAUCAUAGCUAAUAAGAGCUGCUAUUGAGAUGUAAAAAAUCCCUGGCAAGGUUAAUCCCGUGCUUCCCUAAUUAUUACACGGAUGAGACUAAUUAGUUCAAAAUAAUGACACAAUCGGCAACAAAAGCUCAAUGUUCUACAUUCUAUGAUAUGCUUGAGGAAUUUUAAGCGCUACAGAUGUGCAGUUAAACCAGUGAUCACUAUUCGAACAUGUGUUCGUGGAUGGAUUGCUCGGAGAGAGUAUAGUAGGUGUAAAUAUGUCAUGAUCAACAUUUAGGUAAAUGGUAAUUAUUGACCCUAUAUCAGCUGCAUAUGCUUCAUGGUUUACAUUAUUAGUGGUCUUAUUUGGCUAUUUUAGAAUUGCUAAAACGAUUGGCUUUUUAUUCCUUUCCUAAUCUCUUUCUUUCGUAUGUUCUUCAUGACUUCAUUGUUUUCAUUUUUUGUAUUUCUCAUAUGAAGUGUUUGGCUAUAUUUCUCAUCUUUUUAUAUUAAACAUGAAUGAAGUGUAUGGUAUCACUACCUAAACAAUUUCGCCGACAUGUUUGAUUUGGUAUCUAGGUACUGAUUUAGAAAAGAGAUAAGAGGUCCCAAAAAAGAAACAAAAUAAAUAGAACAUAUCUUCCUUUGGCCUUGUGGUGACUGAAAAGUUGCAUGCACAUAUAAAGGUGAACUGUUCAAAGGACUGAUUAUGAGUGUUAUAUGUUGUUCAUUUUCUAGAGUCAAUGCAUUGGAUGGUUGAGAAGGAAAGGAUUCUCGUUACAGGAGGCUGCUGUAAGGAUCCAGAGUGCUGCCGGUCGCAUGACACAUUAUAAGGCGCAAAAAAGGAAAAGAAAUACAUGAAGAUGCUAUUAAAAUUGAGAGGAUAAACAAGGAAAACCAAGACAAGAGAGCCAAAUAUGAAGUAUUGUGGAUUAAGAUGCCUAAAAAGAAGAAAAAUGAUAAGAAGCGAUCUCAAAUAAUGUAAUAGAUAAAUGCAAUUAGUGGAAAUAAUAGAUUCUAAUAUACAUUUAUGUUGUACUUUACAUGUUGCGUUUUGUUUCUUUUUGUUGUACCGCACUUGUUGCUUUUUGUUGUUUUGUGUUGCUUCUUGUUGCAUUAUGUGUAAAUCAUGUUACUAAUUUAUAUAUAAAUUGUUGAUUUUGAUUUUAUUGUUUA